UACUUCUUGAUUGCCAACUUCUCUUCAAUGUUCUCAAGUUUUAGGGAAGAAUUCUAUUAUGAUGACACUGCUGGAUACUUUGUUCUUGGAGGUAGUGGAUAUGUAAAUGGUAUUGAAGCAUUCUUUGGACCUGUGAAAUACUAUCGUCUCAAUGUGUUUGAAACAGAGCAGAUUUCUAACCCUCUUCAUGACAAAGAAACAAUGGAACAAAUUGAACUUUACUACGAGAGAUGUAUGGACAUUCAAGAAAUAGUUUAUGAGUACAGACAUACUGUAAAGCAGGGUGAAAAAUUACAAAGAAAUUGUUACUAUGAAAACUAUUAUUUGAAGCUGAUUCAUAAAUAUGGUGAAAAAUCCAAAUGUGAUGCCUUCAUGUGGGGAAAAGAGCUCAGGGAAAAGUACCACACUUUGUUCAAACUGUUAAAAGAGACAGAUUUCAGCGCUCCAGAUGUGUUAGAAGAUGGAAGUGGUGCAGUUCUAGAAGUUGGUCGGAUGAUAUUUGAGAAGGUUUCAAAGGGUCUGUCCAGCACUGAUGGACUCAGCAAUGUGGGCUCCUCUGUCCCUCUCUUGGUGGAGUCCAGUUGUUGUGGAUACCAUAAGGCUUCCUAUUUCCUUGCAGUUAUAUUUGAAACAGGGCUUGGUGUGCCGGUGGAUCAUACAAAGGGAUUGCUGUAUAGUUUGGUUGGUGCUCAGGGGAAUGAGAGACUUGCUGUGAUGAAUCUUGGCUAUAAGCAUUACCAAGGCAUUUAUAACUAUCCACUUGAUUUGGAGCUGUCAUAUGCUUAUUACAGUAAUAUUGCAAUAAAGACAUCAUUGGAUCAACACACUAUAAAAGGGGAACAGGCAUUUGUUGAAACUAUAAGGCUGAUGGAUGAUGAACUGCUAAAAGCUCAAACAAAAGAAAACGGUGAUGUCUUUAUGUGGUUAAAACAUGAAGCAACAAGAGGAAACGCAGCUGCACAGCAACGAUUGGCUCAGAUGCUGUUUUGGGGCCAACAAGGAGUGGCAAAGAAUCCUGAAGCUGCAAUAGAAUGGUAUGCAAAGGGUGCAAUAGAAACAGAAGAUCCAGUGUUAAUAUAUGAUUAUGCCAUUGUGUUAUUUAAGGGCCAAGGUGUGAAAAAGAAUACAAAACUUGCUUUGGAAUUAAUGAAGAAGGCAGCGGCCAAGGGCUUGCCCCAGGCAGUGAAUGGAUUGGGAUGGUAUUACCACAAUUUUAAAAGAGACUACAGAAAAGCAGCUGAACACUGGUUAGUUGCUGAAGAAUUGGGAAAUCCAGAUGCAUCAUACAACCUUGGAGUCCUUUAUUUAGAUGGGAUUUACCCUGGAGUACCUGGUAGAAAUCAGACAGUUGCUGCACGCUAUUUCUAUAAAGCUGCCCAAGGAGGACAUAUAGAAGGGACUUUACGAUGCUCUCUGUAUUACAUCACGGGAAAUAUGGAAGACUUUCCUAGAGAUCCAGAAAAAGCUGUAAUCUGGGCAAAACACAUUGCAGAGAAGAAUGGCUACUUAGGUCAUGUCAUCAGAAAAGCUCUCAAUGCUUAUCUGGAACUUUCAUGGCAUGAAGCUUUGUUGCAUUACAUUUUAGCAGCUGAAACUGGGAUUGAAGUGUCACAGUCCAAUUUAGCACACAUCUGUGAAGAAAGACCAGACCUAGCAAGGAAAUACCUAGCAACUGAUUGUGUUUGGAGAUAUUAUAAUUUCUCUGUUUCUCAAGUCAAUGCACCAUCAUUUGCUUAUUUGAAGAUGGGUGAUUUCUACUACUAUGGUUACCAGAACCAGUCCAAAGACCUCGAGCUCUCCAUGCGGAUGUAUGCACAAGCUGCAUUAGAAGGAGAUUCACAGGGUUUCUUUAAUUUGGCCCUUGUCAUAGAAGAGGGCAACUCCAUACCUUCCUACAUUCUGGAUCACUUGGAAAUUGAUGAGGCAUUGCAUUCUAGUAGUAUGUCACUUCUUCAGGAACUUUAUUACAGGUGCUGGAAUAAUAGUAACCAAGAAUCAAUUAGUCCGUGCUCAUUGGCAUUGCUUUAUUUUUACAUGAGAGUUUUCUGGAACAAUAUUUUACAUUCUACUUUGAUCUACUUCAUGGGAACCUUUCUUUUAUCAAUUCUGGUUGCAUUUGCAGUGCAGUAUUUUCAGUCUUUAUCUGCCCGUAAUUCUCCUGGAGCAAGAGCAGAACCAUCGUCAGAUGAACCUUCUUCCUCAGGGAGUAACAAUGAGGAUGCUACCACACUCAUACAGCAAGAUGAAUCUUCAUUUUUAAAUAAUUUAGCACAGCAGGAGUCAAACGCUCAGAAUCCUCUUGUUACAAGCUGA